GCCGGAGCAUGACGAGAGCUGCCGGCUACCUUCACCAUUCUCACUGCAAUAAAAGCACUACCUCCUCACAAGUCUUGUGAAACACGUCCGAGGUUGUCUAAAAGCCUCCACUGAAUUUUGUGGUCGCAACGUGGGUGUGACACCCACUGCCAGCGACUUUGCCCAAGCACGGCAAUCGCUGCAUGAACUGUCUUCGUUGGGUCCCUAAUGCAUGCCUUCGUCUCAGAAGAGAAUUAGUUGCAUAUCUGCAAUCAGCCGUCGUGAUCAGCUCUUCUCCAACCUUCCAGCAUUAAGUUCUCUGUUCAGGGUGUUCACGAGGUCUUCCAGCGAAAUCUCCUCCGCAAUUUUAAGACUGAAGCUGAAACAAUGAUCAAAUUGAGAUAUCAUAGUUGCGAUUCAUGGUUUCUGGAUUGUGGCAGCACUUCAACCUCAGGUUGCGUUUUAUAGCUGGAAGGGCAUUGUUGAAGCAAUUUGAGGGGAGAUGGCGGGAGGUAGCGUGGGAAGCUAUAAUGGAGGGAAAGCGGAGUAUGAAGGGAAGGUCACUGUAUUUGUGGUGCUGGCUUGCAUCGUUGCAGCCAGCGGUGGUCUUCUCUUCGGUUACGACAUCGGUAUAACUGGGGGUGUGACCGCCAUGGACGACUUCCUAGUGAAGUUCUUCCCUCGCGUCUACGAGAGGAAGCACUCUGGCAACUUAAAAGAGAGUCACUACUGCAAGUAUGAUGACCAGGGCUUGCAGCUCUUUACGUCCUCGCUUUACUUGGCCGGUCUCGUGGCAUCAAUUUUCGCUUCCUUUACCACCCGGUUGCUGGGACGCAAAGCCAGUAUGCUCAUUGCCGGUCUGGCGUUCUUGGCAGGAUCCGUCUUUAACGCAGCGGCCACGAAUCUGGCCAUGCUGAUUAUCGGUCGCAUGCUGCUGGGUGCGGGUGUUGGGUUUGCUAAUCAGUCAGUGCCCCUGUAUCUGUCGGAGAUGGCGCCUGCUAGGCUCAGGGGAGGUCUCAACAUCAUGUUUCAGCUGGCAACCACCAUCGGCAUUCUCGCUGCUAACAUAAUCAACUACGGCACCGACAAAUUGCACUCCUGGGGAUGGCGUCUCUCUCUGGGCUUGGCUGCCGUACCUGCGGUCCUGCUCACACUGGGCGGUCUCUACUGCCCCGAAACCCCCAACAGCUUGAUCGAGCGAGGCAAGACUGAGCAAGGCCGCCACAUCUUAGCCAAGAUCCGUGGCACUGAGGACGUGAAUGUCGAGUAUGACGACAUAGUGGAGGCCAGCGAGAUUGCACAGAGAGUGCAGCAUCCAUUUCGAAAUCUUCUGCAAAAGAGGAACAGGCCGCAGCUGGUGAUGGCCAUCUCCAUUCCUUUUUUCCAGCAGGUCACUGGUAUCAACGCCAUCAUGUUCUACGCCCCCGUGCUGUUCAAUUCCAUCGGAUUUGGGCAGAAAGCGUCCCUGUACUCAGCCGUCAUCACAGGUGUCGUAAACGUGGUGGCGACACUGGUAUCGUUGGGUGUGGUGGACAAGUGGGGUCGGCGCGUCAUGUUCUUGUGGGGGGGAACGCAGAUGCUCUUGUGCCAGGUGAUCAUCGGCAUCAUCUUGGCAUUCAAGUUUGGAGGAACAAACGAGCUGUCUAAGGGUGAGGCGAUGGCCAUUGUAAUAUUGGUGUGCAUAUAUGUGGCCGCAUUCGCGUGGUCCUGGGGCCCACUGGGUUGGCUAGUCCCCAGUGAGAUCUUCCCCAUCGAGACACGCUCUGCAGGUAUGGCCAUCACAGUCUCCGUGAACCUUCUCUUCACGUUCGUCAUCGCGCAAGCGUUCUUGACGAUUUUGUGUCACUUCGAGUACGGGAUCUUCCUGUUCUUUGCAGGAUGGGUGGUGAUCAUGACUGUCUUCAUAGCAUUGUUUUUGCCGGAAACGAAGGGAGUUCCGAUCGAGGAGAUGAUUUAUGUGUGGCGGCGGCAUUGGUUCUGGAAGCUGAUCAUGCCCUCUGACGACCUGCCUUCCUUUGAGGAAAAGCCCACGAUCGUUCAGUAGAGCUGACUCAAUUUCUUUCAGGCGGCUCUUGCACUUGUCUUUGUGGAAUACACAUCCUGUCACGAGUGUUAGCUUUGAGAUAACCUUCAAGUCUCACGAGCUUAUUGACAUGAUAUGAUUAUGCUGAACACUGUGCCCCGGCCAUGCUAGUUAUCACAGACCUUUAAAGAAUAGUACGCAGCCGUUUCUAGUGUGGUCCUAGACGCAUUGAUUUACCAUCCGAGUCCUGAAACGUGCCUGUCAGCACCUGCACCUCAGUGGAUUGAGGGAGCUUAUGGAGUUUUGUCGUUAUAGACAAAAUCUGAGCCUGUUUUGUUGGAAUAUAGACUUUAUAUCUCAUGUUAGCUAAAAGUAUAAAUAUAGACUUCUAGUGUAGAAUUGAUCUCUAUCUAACUAGUUUACGAAGAGAGAUUCAAUGUUUACUAUAGUCAUGCUCCACUAAAUAGUUGUGAUCCUUAUUGAAUUGCAACCUCUUGUGUACUAUAUGUUUCA